AUGGCAAUGCUAAUUCGUUUCUUGAAUUUGUUGAGGGUUCAUUGUUUCUCAGCAGCCAAAUCAAAACGACAUUCAUAUGAUGAAGUCCACAAUUUCGAUCUCUCUCCUUUGUAUAAAUCACACCAUGAUAGAGAAACUACAAUUUCACUAGAAAAAUCAGGUCUAUUUUUCUUCAUCAGUGGAGCUGAAGAACAUUGCCAGAAGGGUCAAACGCUAGAGGUUAUGGUUCUAUCCGAUAAACAUGGCUCCAGCCACAUAUCUACAGUGCAGGCACCUUCUCCUCAUCAUCACUGUCACAACUACCAUGCACCGGUGCCAGCCCCGACUAACGGUGGUACUGGCCUAAAGGCGGGGGUGGGGUUUAUUUGUGGCACUACGGCGGUGGGAAGUUUGGUUUCGUUGUGA